AUGAUAAUAUAUGUGGCGUGGGUAGCACAUUAUAAGCAGUCAUACGGUUAUCAAAUGAGUUGUAGAAUUGAUCUAUCAUAUGGCAGAUUUUGUCCCUAACAUGCUGGGAGCUGAGAACCACUAAGUAUAUAAAUUCUUGACAUUACUAUCAUAAUGUCCACCAUGAUUGCCAUGAUGCUAUGUAGUGUGCAUUGCUCGUUAUUACUAUCAUGACGUCAACCAUCACCAUGACUUUUUUCCCCAUUAAUACUUGUACUGGUGAUGUUGAUUGACAGGUAAUCGAGACUCUCUAAGAAAGAGUAUUGUUAUUUCAUGAUCAUGUGCAAACUAUAGUUCCAAGGACAUUUUAUCAAGUGAAUGACUCCAUUAAAAUAGUGACGUUGGAUAUAAAAGCCUCAUAACUUUGUCAUCAUCUUGUCAAAACCAUCAUAUCAAGAUCUUGGUCCCAAGCUAUGUUAUUUGAAGCUACAAGUUAACUUUUAAAAUAAUUUAAUUAUUAUUGACUUAACAAUGAGUACUUAUAUUAUUUAAAGCAACCUAUAGUCAUACUUCUAGUAUUUAUUAAGUUGAUCUCCUAGAGUCAUGAAUUUGAAUUCGCUUCUUAAAAAACCCAUGGCUUCUUGACGUCACUAAAACAUUUGAUUUGUUCAACAUAAGAUUUUAGGAGAGUAUGGGUAAGCCAAAUGGGCAUAUCCACUAAAAAUUUGAGUUUCAUGACUGGAUAGAAAAUAUGAAAUCUAAGAGUGAUUGAAAAAGGACUAACAUUAAAACUUACUUUCUUUUGAAAACCACUUAAAACUCACAUUAACAAGGUGUUUAAAAGAAAUAUUAUGAACUGUAAAGGUUUGUUUUAAUGGCUGCAAGUAUUAUGAGCUAUGAAAAUGUACAAGGUGCAAAAAAAAUAGAAAAUUCUUCUGGUGGAAACAAAUUACCCUAGGAGCCCCUAGGCCCGCCCGCCUAGGGGCCCCUCAACUCUCUCGUUCUCAUUUUCUCUGUCAUAGGAAGCUCAUCGCGCGUGGAAGGCAUCCGUUUACACUUUGAUAGGUUCAUCGACAGCCUAAAGGUUUGGAUUGAAUAUGUCGUUCCCUUAGCAAAACCUUUCAAGUUUCCUUUACACCAGCAUACUCUUCCAUCCUUUUCUCAUCAUCGUGGACGCUUAUUUGCAGCCAUAUGACUUGGAGAGUGCCCAGCUUGGUUUGGGGCAUAGUUACAGCUGCGCAAAAGUUAAGUUCAAUGUCAAUCGGGUUGAUAAUAUGGUCAUCCAGGCUAUCUUCCUGCUUGAUACUCUGGACAAACAUAUCAACUCCUUUUCAAUGAGAGCCAGGUUGGUCGGACAAUCGUGUUGACAUAUCAUCUACUCUGUUCAUGCACUUUCGAGUUUAACGAUACAUGCCCGGUAAUCCUUUUGUUGCCUAAAUGCUAAUUGUUUGUAGAUGCCUCUUGCAUCUGAGCUAGCAGUAAGUUCUUCGAGAAAACAAUUCAUUUAACGUUUCAGGAUAUAUAUAUAUAUAUAGAUAUCUGUAGUUAAUGUUCUCAAUCAAUUUGACUAUGCUAAAAUCCAUUUACUAGUUAGCAUUAAUUUUAUUUUUUCUGCUUAGGGUUCGAAUCAUUGCAUAUUCUUCCGGAUAAAAUCUUGGCUCCUAGAUUUAAUGUUUCGCACUUUUCUUCCACAUUUCAUAAUUUAAUUUGUCGUAAUUUCCCGUUGCUUGCAGAGACUGGUACUCGUGGCAUUUCCCCGAACUCGUCAAAAUAGUAAACGACAACUACUUGUAUGCGAAAAUUGCCAAAUUUGCGGAGAACAAAUCAAACUUGGCGGAUGAACACAUGCCAGCACUAGCUGGCAUACUUGGUGAUGAUGACAAGGCAAAGGAGUCGUUGAAGUGGCAAAGGCGUCCACGGGUAAAUGCCUUAGGAUGAGCCUGUGCUCUUUGGGUGUCUAGUCCAUGCUUUCUGAUCCUCAUUGUUCCCUGUCUUUUCAGGGCAAGAUCUGUCUCCCAUUGACUUGAUCAAUGUCAAGCAGUUCGCCCAAAGGGUCAUGGAUCUGUCUGAGUACAGAAGAAAGCUUUACGAUUAUCUUGUCCAGAAGAUGAACGACAUGUAUUUUUUCUGGACUAUUCGAAAUUAGUUCUAGUUCUAAAAUUCAUCUUUGAGGUUUUCAUAUGGUGGGUUAUAGUGCCAAACCCUCCAACUACUACAAACCGUUGAUUCAUUCGAUAUUCUGAACUUAUUGAAGGCUCUGUGAAUGAGAAAAAAAGAGAUUAAUAUGCGGUUACAAUAGCCGUCAUUUAACUGCAUAUUGAGAUCCAUAGUUUUAGAUUGGACGGCCUGAUUUCUUAGGAUACAUGUUUUGUAUGCUCACAGACUAGAAAUUCCUUCUUCUUCUUCUUUUUUGGUUGUUGCUGGAUGUGCAAUUGCGUCUACUGACUUUGGUGAGCUUCCAGGUCUUUGAAAACCCGUGGAAAUACCCCUAAGUAUGGACUGAUCUUCCACUCAUCGUUCAUCGGCCGAGCAUCAACCCGGAAUAAGGGCCGUUUGGUCCGUUACCCUGCUAACAAGUGUUCUAUCGCCUCCCGCAUAGACUGCUUUUCCGGUGGGUCCAUCCUUCUUCGGUGGCUGGGUUUAAACUUAGAAUUAUAUAUCGAUUGGGCUGUCUUCUCAAGCAGAUUUUUUAUGCUGCAGAGAGUAGCACCACGGUGUUCGGUCAGAAGCUGCGGGAACAGGUCGAAGAGAUGUUGGACUUCUAUGACAAGGGAGUUGCUCCUCGGAAGAAUGUUGAUGUUAUGAAAGCCAUUGAGAGUGCAUCAAACAAAGAAGAUGGUGAGCAAUUUUAAGAGGGUUCUUUUUAGUUUUAUCCCUCUAUGAAUUAUAUUAUAGAAUGGCCGUAAUCAUUGGCAUCUUACAUCAAUCUACUCAUAUAACAUGUGAAAAUCUGCGGGUUUCUAGCUAAAGUGAGAACUUCUGCUCUGUAAUGAUAUCAUUUCUGCUCUCAUCCUACGUUUGCAGAUACGAAAGAAGAUCAGAUGGAUGUGGAUGAGAAACUCCGCCAAGAAGAGCAAGAAGAAGAAGUCCAAGACAGAGAACAAUGGAGCGGCAGAGCCCGCGGCAGAGGACGGGCCCGGAGUUGCGUCUCCGCAGCCCGAAACUGAGAAGAAGAAGAAGAAGCACAAGCUGUCCGAGGAGCCAGAAUCGGAGCCUGCAUCCGCGAAGACGAAUGGAUCGGGCUUGGAGUCGGAGAGGAAGAAGAAGAAGAAGCAGCACGAGCAGCAGCAGCACGAAGACGUUCAGCCCACCAGCGAGAAGAAGAAGAAGAAGAAGAAAUCCAAGAGCAAGGAUGAUGAGUGA